AUGCAAUUGUCUAAGAAGGUUCUCCUAGGGGUUGCAGCGCUGACUGCAGCCUUGGGUAAUGCUCAACAGGAAGCUACUGCACCAGAAGGUUCUGCAGUUGUGAAACUUACAGCCAAGACCUUUGACGAAUUUAUUAAGGAACAUCCACUGGUUUUGGCGGAGUUUUACGCGCCAUGGUGUGGCCACUGUAAAACACUGGCUCCUCACUACGUGGAGGCCGCAGCAGCUUUGGAAAGUAAAGAAAUUCCACUAGCUCAAGUGGAUUGUACCGAAGAAGAAGAUUUGUGUAUGCAGCAAGGGAUCAGAGGAUAUCCAACUCUUAAAGUCUUCAAAAAUCACCAGGUUGACGCGCCAAGUGAGUAUCAAGGUGGGAGAACUUCCCAAUCCAUCAUUUCCUACAUGAUUGCCCAGUCGAUGCCUCCUGUCACAGUAAUCUCCGGAGAGGAGGGCGCUGAUGAUUUCAAAGACCUUCUGGCUGAGUCUUCAUCUGCUGUUAUCGUCGAUGGCGGCGUCUCAGGCUUGAAUGAAACCUUUUACGAGCUUGCAGAUCUUUUCAGGGAUGAUUUCACAUUUGUUCAGUACAAUGAAGGCGACAGCAAGCCACAACUAUCCAUUUAUUUACCCCAGGAUGCAGAACCAAUAAGAUUCGAAGGUAAGAAUAACUCCCUAACGCACUUGGUCGACUGGGUUCAGAUUGAAACGAAGCCCUUUUUUGGUGAGAUCAAUGGUGAGACUUUCCAAUCAUACAUGGGCGCCAAUUUGCCUUUGGCCUACUUCUUCUACUCCAGUCCUGAAGAGCGUUCGAACUUCGAGAGUUUUUUCACCAAAUUGGGCAAAGAACACAGAGGUAAGAUCAACUUUGUGGGAUUAGAUGCAUCCAUGUUUGGCAGACACGCUGAAAACCUUAACAUGAAAGAACAAUUUCCUCUAUUUGUUAUCCAUGAUGUUGAGACCAACUUAAAGUACGGCAUGCCCCAGUUAAGCGAAGAAAAAUUUGCUGCCUUGACUAAGCCAUUGGAGUUGAAGACUUCCGACAUUUCUAAAUUUAUCAAGGAUUUUGUUGGCGGGAAACUGGAAGCAAUCGUAAAGUCAGAAGAUAUUCCAGAAGUCCAAGAGUCCAGCGUUUUUAGAAUUGUCGGUAAGACUCAUGACCAAAUUGUCAACGAUGAGGAUAAAGACGUUCUUGUCAAGUACUACGCACCAUGGUGCGGUCACUGUAAGAGAUUGGCACCUAUUUACGAGGAGUUGGCCGAUAUCUACGCUUCUGAUGAAGAUGCUAAGAACAAAAUUGUUAUUGCAAACUUAGACGCCACUUUGAAUGAUGUCAACGUCGACUUGGAAGGCUAUCCAACUCUUCUCUUCUAUCCUGCCGGCAAGAAGGCGACUCCAGUGGUGUACCAAGGCGGUAGAGACGUUGCAUCUUUCUUGACUUUCAUUCAGGAACAGGGCCACCAUGGUGUUAACGGAUCUGCUAUCUUAGCUACUAAGCAAGCUCAGGAAGCUGCUGACAAGGUGGAAAAAGAGAUUGAUGCUAUUGAAGAGGAGGAUCUCAAACACGACGAAUUAUAG